GGAAGACUGAACUAUCAGAGGAAUUAGUAGCAUCUCAGGAGCAGCAACAGGAGAUGGAAUCUCUCCCCGUCCCGAGCGUGCAGGCCAUGGUGGCGGCCACCGGCGGAGCCGAUGUGCCACCGAGGUAUCUCCGGCCUGCGGAGGCGGUCACCGGCAUCGUCGACGGCGAGGGUGAGGCCCAGAUCCCCAUCAUCGACUACCGGAGGCUGCUGCUGGAGCUGGAUCCCCGCGGCGAGGAGUCCGCGCGCCUCCACAGCGCCUGCCAGGAAUGGGGCUUCUUCCAGCUGGUUAACCACAGUGUCCCGGCCGAUGUGGUGGAGGGAAUGAAGGCCAACAUUCAGCAAUUCUUUCAGCUACCCGCAGAGACAAAGAAACGAUUCGCGCAGGAGCGAGGGCAGCUGGAAGGCUACGGUCAGCUGUUCGUCGUCUCGGAGGAUCAGAAGCUUGACUGGGCCGAUAUGCUUUACCUGUACACACAGCCACCUGAGAGCAGGAACACCAAGUUCUGGCCUGACCAGCCUGUUAACUUCAGAUCGACGCUGGAUAGAUACUCUGGUGCUGUGAAGGAGAUAGCGGAUUCCCUUUUGGCGACGAUGGCGGAGAACUUGGGACUGAAACAAGAGGUGAUUGCUGACAGAUGCGUGGGCGGAGUGCAGUCUGUCAGGAUGAACUACUACCCGCCGUGCGCUCAAGCAGAGAAAGUCGUCGGCUUCUCCCCGCACUCUGACGCUGAUCUCCUGACCCUCGUCCUCCAAGUGAACCAUGUCCAAGGCCUGCAGAUCAAGAGGAACGGCAGCUGGUUCCCCGUCAGGCCUGUCGAGGGCGCUCUCAUCGUCAACAUUGGGGAUAUCUUUGAGAUUUUCUUUGCCUGUUUUGCUCUGCUGAGGACUGCAGAUCUUCACAAAUGGGAGGUACAGGAGCAUCGAGCACCGUGCGGUCGUCGACCCCAAGGAGGAACGGUUGUCGGCCGCGGCGUUCCACUCCCCGAACAUCCACGCCACGAUAGGCCCGCUGAAGGAGCUUACGGCGGACGAAGACGAGGCCUACAAGACGGUGGACCACGAGAACUUCAUGAGGCUUUUCUUCGCGACGAAGCUGGAGGGGAAGAGCUUCUUGGAUCGGAUGAAGCUGAAGUAGCUAGCAGCUGAUUGCUACGUACCCAGCAUAGCAGGUAAACUGUGUCGUUGGUCCUCGCAUCAUUGUCAGAUAUUCAGGUAGUUCAUGCUCUCUGGAAUUUAGUUCCUGAUGGCCGUCUUGUUGGAGCACAAGAGAGCUGAACUUGGCAAACAUAAUAAUAAUACUGUGGUUUCUUCA